AUGAAAAAGGCAAGGAUCAUUUUGAUUGGCUACUCCGACAAGGAGCUACUCCUAGUCUUAACACAGGACCAAGCAACGACCACUCAGGAAAUGGCUCGUACAUUUACAUAGAAACCUCACUUCCACGUAGAUAUCACGAGAGAGCCAAGUUAUAUAGUCCUUGGAUGAGAGGCAGCCAACGUUUAACGUUUUUCUACUCCAUGUACGGCAGAGCCAUUGAGAGUCUGUCUGUAUAUGUUAAAGAUCAGAUGGGAAAAGAAUUAAGGGUAUGGAGCCGUCAUGGAGGCAAAUUAUCCAGCAGCUGGACUGAAGGCUGCACGACCUUGAACUACAGCGGAAGUUACCAGGUCAUAAUUGAAGGUAUGGCAGGCGUAAGUUACACUGCUGAUAUCGCAAUUGAUGAUAUUAAUUUUAGCACGAAUCUAACGUGCGUCUCUCCUGAGAAUAUCACGCCAGUUGGGGCAUUUGAAGCAAACUGUACCUUUGAUGAGGGUUACUGCGGAUGGCGUAAUUUACACGCAGACCAAAUGGAUUGGAUACCAAGAAGAGGUAGAACACCAAGCACAGGGACUGGACCGACCGAAGACCACACAGGAGGUGGAAGAUACAUCCACAUCGAAGCGUCACAUCCAGCGAAACAAAAUCAGUUCGCAGAGCUGCUGAGUCCUUUCAUCUCGGGUCCAAAAUGUUUACACUUCUUUUAUCACAUGUAUGGAUUACAUAUAGAAAGACUUGAUAUAUUAAUGAGAGUUGCAGGACAACAGCACAAUCACUUGAUUUGGCAAAAAACAGGAAACCAAGGCAAUCAGUGGAGAAAGGCCGUAGUCGAUAUACCUCAUAUGGGCGAGUUUCAGGUAACACUAAAAGGAGUCGUUGGCCAGAGUUACCAAGGGGAUAUUGCUGUCGAUGAUGUGGUAUUGACGGAUGGAUUGUGUAUAAAUCAAACCGAAAACUCAAGUGAUCAAUUAGGAAAUUGCAACUUUGAUUCCCAUUUUUGCUUUUGGAAGCCCGAUGUAAAGGCAAAUUUUCAAUGGUCAAUUGGAAGGUCCACUCCAAGCGUUCAAACAGGGCCAAGAGCUGAUCAUACAUCGGGAUUUGGGAAGUUCAUUUAUAUCGAGGCCUCGGCACCUAGACGCCGCGGAGACACAGCAAGGCUUAAAAGUCCGUGGAUGCAGGGACCACAAUGUAUGACAUUUUACUAUCACAUGUUUGGUUCCACCAUGAGCUGUGUUGUUAUCUACGUACAGAACCAUAACGAAACCAGGAUUAAACCGGUUUGGCUUCAGUCUGAGGAUCGAGGAGAUCAAUGGAUACGCGAGCAAAUUAGUCUCAACGAGACAGGACAGUAUAAAGUAGUCAUAGAUGGUAUCAGAGGCAGAAGUUAUUUUGGAGAUGCAGCACUUGAUGACCUCACCUUCCAAAGGGGAGCUUGUUUCCAAAAAGAAACAAAAACCUUCUACGUUUCUUCGUACAAGGGCCGGACCUUUCGAAUAGGUUUGCAGCCCUCCGACCACAGCCUUUACUCCGAGGAAUUUCGAUUCACUCUUGAAAAACCACGGGGAAAUCUGGAAGAGAAACCAUAUUUUAUCUACCCUGCAGUGCUGAAGGAAAAAAGUUUCGUCACACCAGAGUUGGAUGUUGUUAAUUACACAAGCUUUCCACUAGAUGUUGUUGUCCUCAGCAGUGACGCAGAGAAAAAUGCUCGAAAGAUUUAUUUGAUUGAUAGAGGUCGGUAUGGUCAGAUGAUAAGUCUUCAUAGUCACCGGAAUGACAGUUGCUGUGGGAGAAAAACAGUAUUCUCUUUUGAUGCUCUUAACGUUUCUGAACCAGGCGAUAAUCUAACCUCUGGAUGCGAACCCGGCUGGUACAGAGCCGGUCCUUCGUGCUUUCUGUUCUAUUUGAGAUCAACCUUUAAGUGGAGUGACGCACGGAGGUUUUGCCACCGAUCCAACGCCGAUCUUGCCGUCGUCAAUGACGAGUUCACGAUGAACGCUGCGGCCCAUCGAAGCAGAGAACUAAAAUUUGACAUCCAGGGUGGAAUUUAUCUUGGAUUGACCGGUCAAUUAAACUGGGUCUGGAUAGAUGGACAGACGGUUUCUAAAACGAAUAAUCUAUGGGGCCCAAGAGAACCGAGUGGAGAUGGAAAAUGUGGGUCUUUCUUGAAUGCGAUAAGAUGGUCUUCAAACUGGGUUGGUUAUGGAUGGCGCUGGAACGAUCAAUCAUGCAAUAGUUUGAAAGGGUACAUCUGUGAACAACCACUUGAUGUUCCAAUGCCAGUGGUUUUGUUUACUCUGAGGGGUGCAAAUGGAACGGUGGACUUGAGUCCAAAUGGAGCCACUAAAGCUAAGUCUAAUGACAUCACGUUUGCACCUGGUCCUUUUGGAAACCCAAAUGGCUCCUUCUUCUUCAGUGGUAUGAACGACAGUUUCGUGCACCUUGAAAAUAACAGACAACUUGACACAAGGUUCUCUACUAGCAUUUUUGCUUGGGUGUACCUCCAAAACUCCACUGGGUUCAUUUACAAAUAUGAAACAGUUUAUAGAUUUUUCACUUGCUCGCUGAUGGUGGUUCAUCAAUCACUUGGUGUUCAAGUGACAUACAUGGAUAGGAAAACUUUAAAGGCAUAUUUUCUCCACGAGAAAAAUAUUUUAAACUCAGACGAAUGGAACUUUAUUGGAACAACAUAUGAUUACCACACAGGGAUUGCAACUAUUUUUGUCAAUAAUAGCGUAGUCACCCAAAGAGUUCUCAAAGUAAAAAUGGAACUAGGUACUGCUUCAGAAGUGCUGAUGGGAGGUUCGACCAGAUGGAAUAGGUUCUUUCGUGGCAGGAUCUCCUGUUUACAGGUUUACGAUCAGGCAUUAUCUGUGGACCAAAUAAUCAAAGUCAAGUCAAGGUGCAAUCAAACUGCACAAUUCGAAUGCGGUCCAGAUUUCUUCCAUUUCCAUGGUGGUUGUUUCUCUAUUCACACCCAUAGCGCACUUCCAUGGGAUUACGCUCAAACAGAAUGCAUUCGAAAAGGUGGCACAUUAGCCAAAGUAUCACGGGAAGGCUUACGAUCUGCCUUAUCUAACAAGCUGGAAGGAAUGAGGCCAAAGCCGAACAACUUGCAUAUUGGUUUCUUGGCGCGAGACGACUGGGUUUGGAUCGAUGGCAACCCGUUGAACGCCUCCCUUUGGACGCAUGGAUAUCCUUCUGGUCAGCAUGGAGACCAUAGUUGUGCAGUUCUCUCAGCUAUUUCUUCAAGAAUUAAGAAUGAAGAUUGCAAAACGUAUAAGAAUGCUCUGUGCUCCAAACGUGCUGAAAAUUCCUUAUCGCGUCCAAAUUUUCUCAGAAGCUCGAGUGUUCUGAUACCAAAUGGCCCUUUUCUCGCUAUUGACGGAUCCUUUUCCACAUGUUUUAGGUCCAAAAAGGAGUCCAACCCUUGGUGGCAGGUGACCCUUGAAAAGCCCCUCUACGUUGAAUCUGUUGAGAUCACCGAAAACCUCGACUGCUGUUCACGAGAUAAUGGAAUUCUUAGCGUCAGCGUAUCCACUGAUGAAACCAGUUUAUAUCCAUCUUGUACCAAGUCUGUGUCCUAUGGAAAGUCGUGGGAUUACAAAGUACGCUGUUCACCACCAGCGCGCGGACGUUACGUGACAUUUAAGUUGACUGGUAGCAAUGUCACACUAGUUCUUUGCCAGGUUGUGAUUCGCACGAGUGAAUUCACCAGCGAAAUCCGUGGAGUUUGGCGUGAUGCAUGGUAUAAUGUUAACUAUGACACCAAAAAAGCUCCUGAGAGUGGUAAUUACACAUUUUACGUGGCAUGCGAUGAUUUAUGUGAACUAUGGAUGCACGGUGUUACUGAGGAAGGCAUUGAAACUGUUGAUAAGAAGUCAGAAAAGACUGUGUCCAAGCAACCAAUCAUCACUGUUGAAAGAUGGACUAACCAUCAACAAUGGGACAAGUAUAAAGCCCAGCAAACAUCACAACCAGUAUUUUUGGACAAAUGCCGCAUUUACCAAAUGGAGGUCUUUAUGAGUGAAAUAGUAGGCCUAGACCACGUAUCUUUGGGCAUGCGUAGACCAAAUGGUGAAUAUGAACGGCCCAUUCCAAGAAAAAGACUGUUUUGGACUAAACCAGGGACACGUAAACUAGAAGUGACACUUGAAAAUCACGAAUCAUCCAUAUUUGGUCUCGUUGGUUCGGAAUUGCGCAUUUCAGGAUUUUUCCAGUUCUGUUGUGAUGGUUUGUAUUGCCCAGACUGCCCGCUACAACUGAAUAUCUCAACGCUAAGAGAAAACAAAACAGUGAACCCAGCAGUGAGCCUUUCUUGUGUAAACACAUCCUUCACGGCUGUUUUCGACACGGUCAAACAGCCGGAAAAUUUUACAGUGGAGGUCAGUAUAUGGGCGUUAUUGACAAAGCGUGAGGUUAAGAUGGCUUAUCCUCUAAAUCUAUAA